UGAGAACUUCGCAGAAAGUAUCUCGGCGGGUUCCUCAGCAGUUCAAUCAGGCAUGUUACAUCGAGUUCUUGGCUGGUGCGGCUCAUGCUAGUCGUCAAUAAAGAUUGAUCCAUGCACGGAGACUACCCCAAUGGUUGCAACCGAGACGAAAAAGCGCGAUCGAAGCAAGCGGGACGGCAUCCGCCAGUUCACCAGAUCAGGAUCGCCUGUCUAGAGAGUGUUGAUGUCACGAUGCCGCUAGACAUACUGGUCGCCGAUGACGCUGCAUGCCGAAUUGUCGUUCCUGCAGAGGUCGCAAAAUAUAUAUAUGUAGAGCUAAUGGUUCGUGGGGUUUGCUCCUCCAUUGACCAUACAACUCUCAUCUCAUUGUAAAGAUGUUCUCCAAGUCAAUUCUCGCCUCGGCAUUGCUUGCCGGUGCUGCUUACGCUGCACCCGCACCGCAAGCUGUUACCCAAAUCAGUGAUGGUCAGAUUCAGGCUCCUCGUGCCUCAACUGUCCGCUCCGCAGUCACUCAAAUCAGCGACGGUCAGAUUCAGGCUCCCGGCCCUUCAACUGCUGCUGCACCUGCCAGCUCUGGCACUGCUGCCUCUGCUCCUCAAGGUGCCUAUGCCUCCCAGGCUUCGUCCGAAUACGGUAGCCAGGUUGCCGGUUACACUGGUGCCAAUGCUCCUUACAAGUCGAACGCUGCUUCCGUUGACCUCGAGAACAUCGCCACCUCUUUCGGCACCAACUCUGCUGUCAAUGCCAUCUACACUGCUGUCCCCACCGGCACCCAGUCUGGAGCCGCAGCCCCUCUCCGUAGCAGCUUGGUUACCGGCUCGACCUCCCACGGUCCCUACUCCGGUACUCCCACCAUUGUUGGUGCUGUAACUACCGCCACUCUCGGUCUGACCGUUUCAACUCUUCCUCUCAACCCUACUGCCACUUACUACAACACCAACGGCCUGCUCACUCAGCCUGAGCCUGCUCCUUACACCCCUGCUGGUGGCCUUGGUACUAACGGCUCCCUUCCUCGCUACAUGGUCGAGUCCGACUUCGAUUACGAGUCCAUCACUCUCGGCCUUUACCAGGAGUGGAUUGAGCUCGACACCUUCAACAACGGUCUCGCUACUUUCUCCGAGGAGGAUUUCAUUGCCGCUGGUCUCACUGCUGAGGAUCGCGAGCUUAUCCGCUUUAUGGCCCAGCAAGAGGAGGGUCACGCUACCCUCUUGACCAACAUGCUUGGCCACACCGCACCGCCUCAGUGCACCUACAACUACCCUUACACCACCGUCCGUGAGUUCCUCGACUUCAACCAGAAGCUUACUCGCUACGGAGAGUCUGGUGUUUGGGGCUUCAUCAACCACCUCGACAGCCGUGAGGUUGGCCAGCUCCUUGCUCAGUCUAUUGCCACUGAGGCCCGCCAGCAGAUGGCUUUCCGCCAGAUGAGCGGUCUUUUCCCCAUGCCCGUCUACUUCGAGACUGGUAUUCCUCAAUCCUGGGCCUGGACUUUCCUUGCUCCUUACAUCUCUUCGUGCCCUGCCAACACCACUCGCCUCGCAUGGCAGAACUUCCCUGCUCUCCACAUUGUCAACCAGCCCAACAUCAACCGCUGGUCUGCCAACGACACAGCCGACUACGAAGUCACUGGUAACCGCACUUCUGAUCCCAGCAUCUCCACCAUCCCCGAGGAGGAGAGCUGCCAACACUUGAACGUUACUGGCUACGGCUGUGGCCCUGCCAUCUCUCGCAACCGCUCUGAGCCUCUUUCAUUCGCCGGCAAGCAGGUCAACUUCACCUGGGAUGCUCCCGGUCUUGCUGUCGGUCCCAACAACAGCUACACCACCUCGGUCAACCCCGUUGCUGGCGAGCCUAAGUUCGUUGCCUGGGCCGCUCAGCUCAACUUGACCUACACUCCUCUCAUCAAGACAGGCGCCAACUCUGGUUACACCUACCAGCCCGCUGGUGAGGUCUACGCUGGCGGUGCUUCUAUCGUCAACGGUACCAUGUUUGUUGCCCUUACCGACACUGACAUGUUCCUCACCCCCUUCAACUUGACCAUGAUCAACCCUCACGUUAUUGCGCUGGGUCUUUACCAGGCCGGUUAAACGCUUUGACCUAACCAUGUUUGGGUUUUUUUGACGAAGGAUAUCCUGUUCCAUACCAUGCCUUUGGCUGAACGCUAGACGUUCAUAUUGCCAGGAAGGUGUACUUUUAGCAAAGAUUAAAACCUAAUUCUAAUACUUGUCUAUACCUUUAUCGAAAGUUUGGGUACUCAUGAUGUGAAAUGAUGUCUGAUCCUCGAGGUACAUCGUUCUCGCGCCUACGCACCUCCACAUAACAUUCAGGACGCAGUAGCCCUAGAGAUGCGUUUACGCUGACGCAACAGAUUAUCCAUGUGUCGCCUGUCAGUUGACACAGUCACAAUGUACCAUUUGUGGACCAUGACUCGUUCUCAAAGCAAGAACUCAGCAGACUGGCUAUGAUACGGAUGCGUGACUAAAGCGAAAUAUUGGUACAAAAGGAAGAGAAACAUAUCCAUGAUUGUGCUGCUGUAGUUUGACAUCGUCGACUGAAAGCGCCCAUAGUAAUCUUCAUCGA